AUGCUAGCUUCUCCACUUCUCCCUUCUCCUCGGUUCGCGGAGGAAUCCUCUUACCGGCCGGCAAAGGAUCUGGACGCGUUCAACAAGCUCCUGCCACCACCUAUUGAAUUCGUCGAAGGAUCUUCGUCUGGCGUGCUUGCGGUUGGAGAGGGCAAAUACCAGCCCAUUAACGAGAGUCCGAAAAAGACGGUGGCAGAUGUAAGUGUGACCUUCUUGACGCGUCAUACCACCCUUCACGCGUUUUUCAAGAAGGUCCAGCAAACUGCUUCUACGAAGGCUACAAAACCCACGUCGGAAUCUCCCAACCACCAUAAAUUCAUUUACACCGGUCCGAUCGAGACAAGCUGGCCGAAUGUCAGCAAACCCGUUGGAUGUGGUCUCGGUAACACAGGGAACACUUGUUUUCUCAACAGUGCUCUGCAAUGUUUGCUGCACACUCCUCCGCUUUUGCACAUCCUGUCGAAGCACCCAGAAUCUUGCCACAGCCCAAAAUCGAAUAACGCGUCUUGUAUGAUAUGCGUAUUACGCCAAGUCAUGCAGGAUGUGUUCACCAAGCCACACUCAACCAUACCAUACCCCGUCAUUACAAAAUUGCAUGUCAUUGCGAAGCACAUGCGGAGGGGCAGGCAAGAAGACUCGCACGAGUUCCUUCGGUAUUUCGUGGACGCGCUGCAACGAUCUGCUCUUGCUGGGGCUCCACCGCGCGCUGAACAUCGCCACAGGAAAGUCGAUCCGAAGUUGGCGGAGAAGACCUGGGUGUACAAGAUCUUCGGUGGCCUCCUGCGCUCCAGAGUGUCGUGUCUGUCUUGUGGCUACAACAGCGACACUUUCGAUCGCAUGCUAGACCUCAGCGUUGACAUCGCUGGUGUAGCGUCACUGCGAGAUGCACUUCGUAAAUUCGUCGCGGUGGACCACUUGCGCGGUGCGGACAAGUAUAAAUGCGAGAAGUGCAAGAAGCCGGUUAACGCGGACAAGCAGUUCACGAUACAUGAGGCGCCUGCCGUACUCACUGUCCAUUUGAAACGAUUCUCUCCUAUGGGGCGCAAAAUCGCGAUCCCAAUCCGGUACGACGAGCGUCUUUCUCUGGAGCCAUUCAUGAGCGAGGGGUCGUUUGGGCCCAACUACACGCUUUACGGCGUCAUCUCGCAUGCAGGUAAUGGUCCAAAUUCGGGACACUACUACGCGCACGUCAAGGGCGCGAAUGGCAGGUGGCACGAGAUGAACGACGAUUACGUCGCGCCACUGAGCGGCGUCCCCACUAGCCUGAAGAACGCAUACAUCCUGUUCUACAUCCUCGAGAAGGGUCAGGCUCUCGAGGCCGCACUUGCCCCACGCGCCGUUACUCCUUCACGGCCAACCCCUCCAACGUCGAAGAUUGCAGGAAUGAAAAAGCGCAAGGUCCCAGAUAGCGAGACUGAGGACGGACGGUCGUCUUCGGCGAAGACGCCGAAGUUUAUCGGCCCGCUACUCCCUUCCGAGCAAACGGCUUCUCCCAUGAAGGAUGCGGGGAAAGCUGACCCUCAGGCGGAGACGCUCAAGAAGAAGAUUGCUGCGGCUCAGUGCCAGAGCGGGAAGGGUGCACUCCAGAGCUUGGCGGCGUACGGCGACGAGGACGAGGACGAUGACGUCGGCGAGAAGGUUUCUCAGGAGGACGACUCCGCUGAGUCUCCUACUGCUAAGGCUCCGUCAGCCCCUCCCGCUUCGAUCACUGCCACCGCUCCAGUUCAACCUCGUACUGAACCCGCUGAGUCCCCCACCUCCCCCGCCGCUGGUGGCAUUCCACCAGAUUCCUUCUAUGGUACCUCCACGCCAAAGACCACCGACAGGAAGCGGAAGACGCCCGACGGGGAAGAGGAUGAUGCAUCAUACAAGGCGUGGGCCCGGACGCCCAUCACGCCUUCCUCGUCGCACAAGGGGCGGCGUCACUCUUCAACACCCCGCAUUUCCGCUACCAAUCCUUACACCCAGCUGAAGGGUGGCAAUAACCUUCACGCGACUCGUGGCUCCCAGUUGUCAUCUCCCGGCCCUGAUCGCCGCAAACCCCGGCACGGGCCCAAGCAGCGGCUGAUCAUGUAG